AUGAAGCUCCAUGCAAAAUUGCAGCUUGUCUCUAAUUUGUUGAAGGUCACCCAUGUAAAACGAUGUAUCGGCCCUGAGCUAUGCAUAAAGACUCUCUUUUCAAGAUCUGUCGAUGUUAAGGGGCAUAAUAUGCCCAACGAUGUUAGAAUAACAAUAGUUAUUCUAACUAUACAGGUGAAGUUUUAUUCUUCUGAACCCAACAAUCUGAGGAAGGAACUAACGAGAUAUCAGUUUUCUUUACAGUUGAAACAAGAUAUUUUAGAAGGUAGAUUAGAUUGCCCGCCAGAUAUAUCAGUAAAGUUGGCUUUGUAUGUUUUAGAGCCUGAAUUAGGAGAUUACAGUGAAUCUCGAACAAAUUCAUCAAGUCGCAGAAACGCCAGUAGAAAAUCUAAUAGAAAUUUAAUACAGUGUAAAAUUUUGAAACAAGAUAUUUUAGAAGGCAGAUUAGAUUUCCCGCCAGAUAUAUCAGUAAAACGGAAUGCUGAAUUGGCGCAUUUAAACGAAGCCAAAUCGAUCGAAAUGUACGGUGUUGACAUGCACACAGUCUUUCGAAAACAUAGCAGGCAAUAUAAAUUGGGAUUGUCUCAUACAGGAAUUCUUGUUUUUGAAGAACCUAAUAUUGAAAUCUCUCGGGUUCUUUUUUGGCCUAAAAUAAGUAAACUGAAUUUUAAGAAGAAAAAGGAAAGAGAGAGGCAAACCAGCAAACGUUUUUUAGAACGAAACGGAUUCUUCCGAUUAAGAGCACAAGUUAAGGAACCAUCUGUUAGACCGAAUUUCUUUCGAAAAAUUCGACAUUCUGAUAAUCCGACAGAAUACCAAAACACGUACAAGAACAGAGAUAGAACGGUUCAGUUGGAGAGGAAACCCAGUCAGAGAUACGGGAGAAGAAAAAGUCGUGUGCUUAGGGUAAGGCAAAAACAGCAUGCGCCAGCAACAGUAGAAGCAGAUCAAAAUGUAGCAGCUAAACCAUCAGAUAUUAUUCAACCAUUUUUAAGUCGAUGCAGUGAAAGAUCUACAAAAUCUAAUGCAACAAACACAACCGAAAAUGAAUCAGUCUACUGCCAAGUUAAAGACGAUGCUACGAAAGGUCUAACACACCCGCCGUCAACGCCUAUCAGUCCAAGUUCUCUGGAAUUAGUUAACCAAAGUAGUUUUGGUAAGGGUUCUGUGGGACAGAACUCGGAAAAAUCAUUCAUUUCUUACUGAUCAGCUUACAGUCCAGCGUUGUCAAACAAUAGCAAAAAAAGUUGCAAAGAAAAUAAGUCUGUUACAGUUCUCAGUUCUAAUAGCCCAGCUGUAAGACCGACUCUAUCGAACGCUGAUAGACGAUUAGACUUUUUACUGAAAAGUCUCAAUAAGGAAUCACUGACUGGCGUUGCAAGGGACGAAUCGAGGAAUAAACUUUAA